AUGAAGUUCUCCGCGCUCUUUGCAAGCACUCUUCUUGCUAGUACCGUCUCGGCGGCCGUCAUUCCUGCCCCGGCGGCAGCAGGUGUGGUUGCACGUGAUGCGGUCGAAUUCUCCAAGCGCGAAGCGGUAGCCAGCCCGCCCCAUAAGACAAUCAAGCGGGCUCCAUGGAAGAGGAGUCCGCCGCACAAGACUAUCAAGCGGGAGGCUUCCCCUCCCCACAAGACCAUCAAACGCGAGGCUUCCCCUCCUCACAAGACCAUCAAACGCGAGGCUUCCCCUCCCCACAAGACCAUCAAACGCGAGGCUUCCCCUCCCCACAAGACCAUCAAACGCGAGGCUUCCCCACCUCACAAGACUAUCAAGCGUGAGGCUGAACCCAAUGCUAGCCCGCCGCACAAGACUAUCAAGCGUGAGGCAGAGGCUAGCCCGCCUCACAAGACGAUCAAGAGGGAGGCAUCUCCUCCUCAUAAGACCAUCAAACGGGAUCCAUCUCCUCCUCACAAGACAAUCAAGCGGGACCCGUCUCCUCCUCACAAGACGAUCAAGAGGGAUCCCUCCCCUCCCCACAAGACAAUUAAGCGUGAGGCUGAACCCAUUGCUAGCCCACCACACAAAACUAUCAAACGUGAGGCUAGCCCGCCGCACAAGACCAUCUAG